AUGGAGCUACACAUCUCUCCCGCUGUCUCUACGCUGGACGACAGACAUCCGCGAGUUCAGGUGCCACACUCGCGAUACUGGCCGCAGUGUAGACCCCCUACGCUGCAGUGCAGACAGGAUCAUAUUCCUACCCUCAAGCGAGGAUACGUCGCAUCGACACGUCAAGUGUCGAGGAUUCCGCAGCUGUCGGCGGACACGACUGCAUCGUGGAUGGUUUGCUUCCCAAGGCGCGAGAGCUUGUGGGGUUGA